CUCACUUGAAUCUUGUUGUUAAGGAAUUUCUUGAUUCCAAUCCAAUCAAAGUACUAGUAUUGUUCAAGAAAGGAAAGCAUGGGAGCUGCAAAAUCAGCAAGCAGCAGUAGACGGGUGCAACCCUUGUUACCCUUUCAAUUCUGUUAUCAUCGGCAUUCUCCUUCAGACUCAUCAGUUCAACCUCUGCUGGGCAACCAAAACCAGUUUAUGGAAGAAGAGGUUGCAGUUGCACCGGAAGCCAAUGGGGAAAAGAACGCACGUCUCGAGAAAGAAAUUCGUGACAUAAAGAGCAACCUCUCCAGGCUAGAAGCCAAGCUACACUCCCACAGGCCACAGCCAAAGCCUCAAACAGAUCAGCUUUCGAUGAUGAAGAAACAAGGAGAAGAUUAUGAAGAAUUAAAGAGAUUAAAUGCCGAUUUGGAGGAUAAGUUCAUGGAGAUGGCAAGUACAAUUGCUGAUAUCAAGUGUUCCUUGUCUGGUCUAAUGCUGCAGAUGCCUGCAGCGUCCAGUACCACGAGUAAGAGUAGUAUGAGUGAGAGCGGCAUAUAUGCAGAAGAAGAUGAAGAUGAUGAUCAGAUAGCGAGUUUGUUGGCGAAUAUUUCCACGUUGCUUAUCGUUUUGGUAUUUUUGAUGUCUAUACUUAUCGGUUUCAGGCUAUAGCUCUACCAACUUGUAGAAUUUGCAAUUGGCAUGCACUGCAACAUGCAUGCAGCAAGACUAGUAGAGUAGUUUGAAGUAUCUUUGAUUUCGAUGAUACGGCACAUUCAAGUUCUCGGUGUGCUCUACUCAUCAUGUACUUCGAAAUAAAAGAUGGAAUAAGAUCCUAACCAGAUCCUCUUUGUGAGGAUCCUAGAGAUUAGUUUAUCCUA